GUGCAGGGCACUGACUCAUUUGUGAAGGAUCCCAGAGAGAGGAGGCAUGUGUUUCAACCCCGGAUACCCAUGCGAAUGUUUGGCCAGCGGCAAUCUGUGUGAACCCUGCAAGAUGACAGCCAAAGACAGAGAUAUGGAGGAGGCGCACCUCUCCAACAACAUAAAUGCUGCAGGUCAAGCUGCGAGCGAACCCGAGCUGAACGUCUCCUCUGAAGUUGGUCGGGACCGGGGUCGGAGCUGGGGAUGGAUGCUGUCUGCGUUUCUCUGUCUGAACAUUCUCAUCCUGGGAUGUGCCUUAGUCAGUGGCAGCGCUUCAGCUCAUGUUAAAAUCAGCACCUCAGAUCUGCAAGUUUAUCUCAUCAUCCUCCUCCUCCUCACCUCCAUCUGGAUGAUCUACUACACCAUCUACAUGCGCAGGACAGAAAACGCUGUUAUCUACAAGGAUGAGCAUGCUGGACCCAUAUGGCUCAGAGGUGGACUUGUGCUUUUUGGGAUCCUCAGUAUCAUUAUGGACAUUUUCAAGAUUGCUAGUUAUGUGGGAUACCUUCACUGUGAUUCAGCUGUUAAAGUAGCCUUCCCGGUGGUACAACUUGUCUUUGUUAUCGUGCAGACAUACUUCUUGCGGAUCCACUCGAAAGACUGCGUUCAGCUCCAAAAGAACAUUUCAUGCUGUGGCCUGAUGCUCACGCUUUCCACAAAUCUAGUUUUAUGGAUGACAGCAGUCACAGAAGAGUCCCUUCACCAAACGGUUCUUCCCGACUAUGAAGAUAAUGUCACAAGAAUGUCAGCCAGAAGCAUGUACAUCAGCAAAGCUGGUUAUGGAGACGACUCGUGUAAAUGCAGCCACACGUCAUGUGGAGUCUUCAAGGAGGCCUAUUACUAUCUUUACCCUUUCAAUAUCGAGUACAGCCUCUUCGCCUCUGCCAUGUCUUUCGUCAUGUGGAAGAACGUGGGGCGGGUGGCAUCCGAACACAGCAAGCACCACUUCAAAUUCACCCUCAAAGACAUCUUUAUCGGCCCCGUCGUGGGAAUCCUUCUCGUGAUCGCAGGCCUGGCUACAUUCAUUGUGUAUGAGAUUGAAAUGAAAACGUACAGGUCCGAUGAUGAUGACAUCAAUGACCACGCUGUGAUGAUGCACUUCAUCAUGAAUAUCGUCAUAGUGUCCAUGAUGUCGGUUUCCACUGUGAUCGGGUGUGCCAUCUUUAAGGUGGACCACAGGGAGCACGUGUCAGAGAAAAACCCCACCCGCAGCCUGGAUGUGGGACUGCUAGUGGGGGCCUCUAUGGGGCAGUUCAUCAUCAGCUACUUCUCCAUCAUCGCUACGAUUGCCACCGGGGCCCAAGGACACCUGAACAGGCUCAACCUGGCCUGGGGUAUACUGAUGGUGCUCCAGCUGGGCUUGCAGAACUUCUUCAUCAUUGAAGGUCUUCAUCGAGAGCCCUUCCAUGAGGUGGAGGAGCCUAUCACUGUAGUCGAAAAUCCAUACGUACUGGAGCUGAGAAAAGAGGACAACAACUGUAACGAAAAAUCGGAGGAAGCUAGUUUCGAGGGAGCAGAAGAUGGCAGGCUGGAAAAACCAAAUGUGAACACCCUUGAGAAGGGGGGAACGGCUGCAAAACCAAAUCCAGUCCCAGCAUCUCCAAACUAUGGCAGUACAAGUGAGCACAAACACAAACUAAUCUGGAAACGUCGAGUGUUGAGAGAGGUCUGCAUGUUUUUGCUGCUGGGGAACAUCAUUCUGUGGAUCAUGCCUGCUUUUGGAGCUCGCCCCCAGUUCGAUCAUGACACCGAAAGGCAAUUCUACGAUUUUAACAUGUGGGCUGCUAUUGUCAAUGUGGGACUUCCUUUUGGCAUCUUUUACAGAAUGCACUCUGUUGCCAGUCUAUUUGAAGUCUUUCUGAAUUCAUAAAACUCUAGGUUUUAAUGUGUUGGGGCAGCUCUUAGGACAUUAAAAUGUUUUGUAUAAAAUGAUUUAUAAGUUGAGUAUAUAACUCUUAUGUGUAAUAGUCAGUAAGAAAAUACAUUAUUACUAUGUUUUUGAUAGUCUUGUUAUUUUUUAGGGUGACAUGUUACUGCAUGAAAGCAAAUUUUAUUUUUUAGAAGUCACUUAUAAUGAAGCCUUAAGUAGCUCUUGUAAAAUUUUAUUCUGUAUAUUCAAAAUAAAAUCUUA